AUGGAAAACUGGUUAUGCACACUCCUCUGUUCUCUCUUUGUCGUCUUCUUCCUCAACUCUCUCCUCGCUCUAUUCUUCUCCGGCAAACCCAACAACAGGUUGCCGCCGGGACCCUUUUCCGUUCCAUGGCAGCGACGCUCCUUCAGCCUGGAACCCAUUCUCCGGGACCUGAAAUCCAAGUACGGUCCUCUCAUCACCCUCCGACCCGGCGCUCGCCCGGAGAUACUCAUCGCCAACCAUUCUCUCGCUCAUCAAGCUCUUGUCCAGAACGGCGCCGUGUUUUCCGACCGGCCGAGGUCGGCGCCUGUGAUUAGACUGCUCAGUAGUAAUCAGCGGAAUAUCAGCUCCGCCGCCUACGGCCCUACCUGGCGCCUCCUGCGCCGGAAUCUUACGUCGGAGAUUCUCCACCCUUCUCGGGUUAAGUCUUACUCGAACGCCCGGCGAUGGGUUCUCGGAGUUCUUGUCAGAAAACUCCUUAAGGAAAACUCUGAGUCGGGCGUUAAGGUGAUUGAUCAUUUCCAGUACGCCAUGCUCUGCUUGCUGGUGUUGAUGUGCUUUGGGGACAAGCUGGAAGAACAGCAGAUUAGACAAAUCGAGGAGUCACAGAGAAAAAUCAUUAGCAGUUUUUCCAGGUUCAAUAUCCUAAAUUCCUGGCCCACUAUUGGGAAGAUUCUGUUCCGGAAUCGCUGGGAAGAAUUGAAACAAGUGGCCCUUGAUCGUGAGAACACUCUAACCCCUUUCAUCAAAGCCCGAAUUGAGGCCAAAGAACGAGCAAUGGAGGGGGAAAACAAAGAUAAUUCGGCUCAGUUUGAAGUGUUGGCUUAUGUAGAUACACUGAUAAAACUAGAGUGGCCGGAGGAGAAUCGGAAGCUGAGCUAUGGCGAAAUGGCGACCCUUUGUGGGGAAUUUCUCAACGGCGGCACGGAUACAACCUCCACUGCGCUGCAAUGGAUCAUGGCGAAUUUAGUGAAGCACCCAUCUAUUCAAGCAACACUCUACGAAGAAAUCUUGGGAGUGAUCGGAGCAGCGGAGGAGGAGGGCGUGAAAGAGGAGGAUUUGCAGAGAAUGCCAUACUUAAAAGCGGUGGUUUUGGAAGGGCUGAGACGCCACCCUCCCGCACAUUUUCUGCAGCCACACACUGUAUCAGAGGAAGUUGAACUGGAAGGCUGUGUAAUCCCCAAGAAUUCAGUGAUUAAUUUCACGGUGGCUGAUCUGGGCUGGGAUCCGGCGGUGUGGGAGGAUCCAAUGGAGUUUAAGCCCGAGAGAUUCUUGUCUGGAGAAGCGUUUGAUUUAAGUGGAAGCACAGAAAUCAAGAUGAUGCCUUUCGGUGCAGGGAGGAGAAUUUGCCCUGGCUUGGCUUUGUCUCUGCUGCAUUUAGAGUACUUUGUGGCUAAUCUGGUUUGGCUUUUCCAAUGGAAGGGUGUUGAAGGAGAUGAGGUUGAUCUUGCAGAGAAGCAAGUGUUCACCACUGUCAUGAAACAUCCUCUCCGGGCCCAUCUCUACCCGCGAAAUAAACUCAUUUGA